AUGAGCCCAGUGAACAGGUUUCAAACCUCAGCUUUGAAGGAAAUGAGGACGGAGAGAAAAAAAUUACCAGUUGAAGCUGGCACACAAACUGAAGAGUUUGAAUAUUUAUUCAGCUCUCUAAACAUUGAUCGGAAACCAUUUGAUCGGUGGGAAUUUGUACAAAACGAAGAAAAAGUUAAAUUCUACACUGGAUUGCCUUCCUUCGAUAUCCUGCAAAAUUUUUUCGAACAUGUUUCUCCGUUUGUUGCUUACAAGUCCCAGAAUCUGACCACAUUUCAAGAGUUUGUCAUGACUUUGAUAAAACUUAAACUUGACGCACCACAUCAAGAUCUUUCAUAUCGCUUCAAUGUCUCCCUUUCAACAGUUUCAAGGAUUUUUUCAUCCUGGAUGGUAGCGCUAGAUGUACGCCUGGCUCCACUUAUCAACUGGCCUGAACGUGAGGAUUUAUGGCGAACUAUGCCACAGUGUUUUAAAUAUUCAUUUGGAAACAAAAGUACCGUGAUUAUUGAUUGUUUCGAAGUAUUUAUUAAUAGACCAUCAAAUCUGCUCGCAAGAGCACAGACAUGGUCAUCGUAUAAACACCAUAACACUGUUAAGGUGCUGAUUGGGAUAACUCCACAAGGUACAAUCUCCUAUGUUUCCCAAGCUUGGGGAGGACGAACAUCAGACAAAUAUUUAACUGAGAACUGUGGAAUUUUAAAUAAGUUGUUGCCUAGGGAUCUCGUCUUGGCUGACCGUGGUUUCACCAUCGCAGAGAGUGUUAUGUUUCAGCAAGCACAACUAGCCAUCCCUGCUUUCACAAAGGGAAAAGACCAGCUUGACCCUGUGGAUGUUGAAAAAACUAGGGGGAUCGCAAAUGUUCGCAUUCAUGUCGAAAGGGUUAUUGGCCUCCUUCGCCGAAAGUACUCAAUAUUGUCUGGAAUUCUGCCAAUUGAUUUCUUAAUUUCCAACCCUGGUGGAAGCAACACCAGUGAUUGA